AUGGAUUGGAUCGUUCCGGCCGAAAUUCCAACCAUUCCGACAUAUCACAUCAUGAACUCGAAGAACAUCAUCGAGGACGAAAGUCAGCUUUCCGCCGAAAUCCCGAAUGACCAUGUGCUCAAGUGGUACCAUCACAUGCUUACGGUCAACAUUAUGGAUAGCAUCAUGUUCGAAGCGCAAAGACAUGGCCGCCUAAGCUUUUACAUGGUAUCCGCCGGAGAAGAGGCCGUUAUGGUUGGGUCAGCUGCGGCACUUGGUGCAGGGGAUGUCAUCACUUGCCAAUACCGAGAACACGGCGUGUUCCUGCAGCGUGGCUUUGAGCUGAAAGACUUCAUGAGCCAGCUGACUGCAAACUGCAAUGACCCAGGAAAGGGACGCAACAUGCCUGUUCAUUACAGCGGGAAGGAUAAAGUUGGCAUUCACGCGGUUGCAUCGACUCUCGGAACCCAGAUUCCCCAUGCCACUGGAGCUGCAUAUGCACUGAAGAUGGAAGCGCUGGAAGACUCGACCAAGGAGCCCCGAGUGGCAGCCUGCUAUUUCGGAGAGGGAGCUGCUAGCGAAGGCGACUUCCAUGGCGCUCUCAACAUGGCGGCAACUCAGCAAUGCCCUGUGAUUUUUAUAUGCCGCAACAAUGGCUUUGCCAUUUCAACCCCGGCCUCAGAACAGUACCGAGGUGAUGGAAUUGCUAGCCGUGGCAGUGGGUACGGAAUUGAGACGCUGCGUGUUGACGGCACUGAUAUUUUUGCCGUGUACGAGGCCACGAAAGCUGCUCGUCGAAAAGCCCUCGAAGACGGCGGUCGACCGAUUCUGCUAGAAUUCAUGAGCUACAGAAUCUCCCACCAUAGCACCAGCGACGACAGCUCUGCUUACCGUAGCAGCGAGGACGUGGCUCACUGGAAGUCUCCAACUCGCGACCCCAUUGCGCGGCUUCGACAGUGGCUAGAAAGCAAAGACUUGUGGAGCGAAAGCAAGGACAUCGAGACUAGAGCACAGAUCCGGAAGGACAUAAUCCACGAGCUUAAACUUGCAGAAAGGGAGAAAAAGCCAGCUUUGAGUGCCAUCUUCGCGGAUGUUUACGCCGACUUGACCGAAGAGGCGCAGGCUCAAAGGCAGGAGCUGAAGAGGAUCAUGUUGAAGUAUCCGCAGGAAUAUGACUGUAACCAGCAUGUUGGGGGGAUUGAGGGUCUGUGA